AUGGUUCUUGGAGUAUUCGUAACAGAGAUUGUAGUAGCAUUUUGUCUUGCUGCAACUUUAUUAUAUAAAUAUGGAAAUAUUUUUCGACAUCAUAUCAUUGUUACAAUCUCUGUACUCAUAGCAUGGUAUUUUUCACUGCUGAUAAUAUUUAUAUUACCAUUAGAUGUCUCAUCGACUGUGUUCAGACAGUGUGUUGAACAAAAUAUUCAUAAUAAUACUAAGACAAACUCGGACAGUACAACAGCAAUACCAUUUCAUACUUGCAAAGAACCUUGGCCUAAUGUACCAGAACAUAUAUUUCCAAAUUUAUGGAGAAUUGUAUAUUGGACCUCACAGUGUUUAACAUGGUUGAUAUUACCACUCAUGCAGUCUUAUAUAAAAGCAGGAGAUUUCACUGUUCAGGGGAAGUUGAAAUCUGCUUUGAUAGAUAAUGCUAUAUAUUAUGGAAGUUAUUUAUUCAUAUGUGGUAUUCUUUUGAUAUACAUAGCGUUAAAACCUGGUUUUGAUCUUGAUGGUCAAAAGCUAAAAGCUAUAGCAUCAUCUGCAUCAAAUACAUGGGGUUUGUUUUUGUUGGUAUUACUCCUUGGAUAUGCACUUGUAGAAGUUCCUCGUGGAUUAUGGAAUGCUAGCAAGCCUGGAUAUACUUUAAAUUAUAGUUAUUUUAGAGUUGCUAAAUUAAGUUUAGAUAAGUAUGAAGCAGAAGAUGCAGUAGAUGACAUACUUGAGUCUUUGCAAGCUGCUACAGUAUCUAUUGGGCCAGGACAUCCUUUCCAUUGUAACUUAGAAACAAUUUUUCAAAAAAUUCCAGCAGAAUUAAAAGAUAGAAUGAACAGGAGGCAGUUACCAGAUGAUACACCAACUGAUACACCAUCUGAAAAAGCUUUAAUUCGUUUACAUAGACAUACUAUAAAAGCACUGCAAACUUUACAACGUAUAGAAACUCAAUGGGGAAUUUUAGUUGAUAAAAUAAUUGAUUUGGAAGAGUGGUACUGGAAAUGUGUUAUAAAAAGUUAUGUACAAAAGAUUGCAGCUAUUUGUGCUGGUUGUCUUUCAAUAGCUGUGGUAUGGUCAGAAGUAACAUUUUUCAAUAAAUCUCCUGUCUUAUCAUUAUUUGCACAAUUUUUGAAUCUAGCAAGAGAAAGUUAUGAUUAUUUUACAAUUGAGUUACUCUCAAUGCUGAUAAUUGCAUACCUUUGUUACUGUGCCUAUUCAACCGUUUUGAAAAUUCGUGUACUAAAUUUAUAUUAUUUAGCACCACAUCAUCAAACUAAUGAAUAUAGUUUAAUAUUCAGUGGCAUGAUGUUGUGUCGUCUUACACCACCUAUGUGUUUAAAUUUCCUGGGUCUUAUACACAUGGAUUCACAUAUUAUAAAAACUCACAUUUUGGAAACUCAUUACACUCAGGUAAUGGGGCAUAUGGAUGUUAUUUCCAUUACAUCUGAUGGAUUUAAUGUGUAUUUUCCAAUGGCUAUUUUAGCAUUUUGUUUAGCAACGUAUUUUAGUCUAGGAAGUAGAUUGCUUUCUAUGUUAGGUUUCCAACAAUUUCUGGAUGAUGACGAGUUUACAACAGAUCUUGUUGAAGAAGGUCAAGAGUUAAUAAAGCGAGAAAGACGCAAACGACAAAGAGCAGAAGAUUCAAUGUGUAGAAGACGUGAGUUUCAAGAAAGAUUUAGCAGUUCCACAAGUUCAUCUCGUUAUAGAGCAUCUCGGCAAAGCACAGAUACAGUACGCCCUUUAAAACGAGACGAGUCUGUAGAAUCUGCAAGAGCUGGACUAUUGCGAGAUUUUGAUCCCACGGAAUAUUAUAUUGGAAUGGUAUCCGGAGUUAAUAGUUACGGUGCAAAUAAUAGUUAUGAUGGAGACUAUCAAACAGAUGAUUUUUAUGAAGAGCGUAUGGACAAUGCAAAAGCAUGUACUGCGAAUACAAAUCGCGUAGGACCUCCACCAAGAGGAUUAUUCGAUGAUAUUUAA